AUGGCUAAGUCGAAAUCAAAACCCAAUGAAAUAAUCAAUUCCAAGUUCAGUACAAAGUCAACUAGGAUCAGCACGAUAGAUCCUGCUGAACAAUCCAAUGUUGUUUAUCGAAAUGAUCCGAACUAUUUUCAUUCCCUCCCGUCACGUGCAAAACCGAAGUGGUCCGUGUCACGAUGUCUUUGCAUACAAUUGUUGGUGUUGUUAGGUCUUGCGACGCUGGCAGCGAUUACCAUACCAAUGGUUGUGAUCGUAUUAGAUUCGAUAUCGUCAUCACCGCCAUGUGCUUCCACCUAUUCUGACGUAUUUACAAAUGGAAUUACUCCAACGACAGCUCAAUGUACAGCAUGGAGAGAAUUUAAAAACAACUUGAUAUGUGCUUCAUACUCAAAAGUGAGAAUGUACGGGUCAAAUGAUCCAAUAGGCAUAACGUCGACUGAUUCAUCUGUAGCCACUGCUCUUGCAAUAGCAUUACGAUACAAUACAACGAUUACUACUGUUUCGAACGGAGUAACAUGGCGAGUCGGUGCUUGCGGUAGUGGUUACGAAAUUAGUGCAACUGGAACAAUAUGUUCCUGUCCGACUGGUUACACAAUUCGACCAUGCAUCGGUAGUUCUAAUUGGGGAGGAAUUAAUAGCGCAACAUGUGGCGCCGCGACACAAACAAUGUCUCUUUAUUUCGAAUGA